AUGCUACAAGCAUAUAUCUUUCUCGCCUAUACGAUCACCGUCGUUGCGGCUGACUACACCGACAGUUCGGCUGAUCUUGACUCUUGCAUCAGCUCAAGUCCUGAAACUUACAAUUUACCACUACAUGUAGCAUCAGUGUUUAUCUUGCUAGUCGCGUCUGGCUUUGGAGUUGUCCUACCUGUUGUGAUGGGUUCCGUGUCUAGUGGAAAUGCGUUCUUCCAUAAAGCGUUCUUCGUUCUGAAAUACUUUGGAACGGGUAUAAUCAUUAGUUUAGCAUUCUGCCAUCUUUUGCAAGACUCUUUUGAGACGUUUUCAAAUGAAUGCAUUGGCGAAAUGGCAUACGAGCCUACUGCGCCAGCCAUCGCUAUGGGAUCUAUGCUUCUAAUAUGGCUAGUAGACUACUUUGGUGCUCGCUGGGCUGCUCGGCGAAAGUCUCCAGACGUCGUACCGGAUGGAUCAGCGAAAAUCGACACCCAAACUCCUCUGGAGUCAUCCCCCAAUAGCGAUACCAAGCCCAUAUUUCAGGACCUCUGCUGCGAAACCGGAUGUCGACCUCUGCAAGACCUAGACCCUGCCUCACAAAGGGCUCAUUGGGACGUUCAGUUAUUGGAAGGUGGAAUCGUGUUUCACUCGAUCAUGAUUGGCGUAGCCUUGGGCGCGCAAAGUGACGGGUUUUCGGUCACUUUUGCCGCGCUUGUGUUCCACCAACUAUUCGAGGGCUUAGGUCUAGGGGCACGAAUAGGAGCCUUGGUGUGGGUUGGUAAGAAAGGUGCUUCAGUCACGAAAUGGGUCAUGUGUGGGGCUUAUACCAUCAUCACCCCUGUUGGUAUUGCAAUAGGUAUUGGGGCUCAUGAGUCAUUCAAUGAGAACGGCCGAGCAGAGCUGCUAGCAAUUGGUACUCUCAACUCCAUAUCUGCAGGUAUCCUCUUAUAUAGCGCAUUGUGUCAGUUGCUAUACGCUGAAUGGGUGGUCGGCGACAUGAGAAACACGUCAAACGCUAGGGUCGCAUCCGCUUUGACUGCCUUAGGUCUCGGCAUAUUCGCAAUGUCAUUGAUCGGAAAGUGGACGUGA